AUGUUAAGACGGUUUAGUUUACGUUCAGGUCAAACAUUAAAAGUUUCUACUAGUCUUAAUCAGUCUUCAUCAUCUAGUUUAAGUAAAUCACCAGCAUUAUAUUUACAAACAUUCCCAUUAUUAAAAAAUGCUUUUGAAACCUUUGAGCAAACACCAACAUUAGAGUCAAUUGUUAGUAUUUUUUCUAUCUUGUCAAAAGCACCAAAACAUAUUUAUGACUUUUUGAUAACUGAACUUAAUUGGGAAGAAUUUAUUGAUCAAUUAUCUAAAUGUAUUUGUUCUUUAUCAAUUGACCAAUUUAUUUAUUGGUUUUGUUCAGAAAAUUAUUCUUCAAUUCAUUUAUUAUACCUUAUUACUUCUUAUCGUCCUGAACUAUUUUCAAGACAAAACGCAAAUAAAUUAAAAUCUUACUUUAUUUCUUCUCUUCCUGAUAUUUAUGAAAAUGCUGGGAUUUCUAGUGAAGCUCGUUAUCUCUUUCCAGAGAAGAUUCAAUAUGUCCCUACAAUUAUCCAGAGAUUAGAUCGUUCUCCUGCUUCUUCUGUACUAUUUCCUUUACUUCAAAUUAUUGCAUUAUUUGCAAAAACUAAUUUAAUUUCAUUAGACACUCUUAUUAUUACAGACUUCCCUCCUCAACACAUUGAUUCAUUUAUUGAUUACUAUUUUGAGAUAUUACCUCUCUUUAAAGAAAUUCCUAAACCAAUUCAACGUCUUAUCAAUUCUUGGGUUACACAAUUACCAUCUCCAGUAAUUACUCCCUGCCAUUCAUUAACAAAUUCAUCUGAUUUCUCGUUAUUUAAAUUUGAUGAAGAUGAAACAACAACAACAAAAGGUUCACAACCUUCUCUUCCAAAUUCAUUAUCAUUGAUUUCAAUACAUCAAAUUAUGAGAUUUUUAUUAAUGAUAAGUUAUGUUUAUCCUUCUCUCGUUUUUACUGAUGGUCCAUUUUUCCCUUGGAAUGGUAAAACUGAAGUUGAUUCAGAAGUGUUAUUAUAUUACUAUAAUUAUGUGUUAUUUAGUAAUACUACUUCGUUGGCUAAGAGAUUAAAUCAAUAUUGUGAGGUUAUGACAAAAUGUCCAUAUGAAUUAGCUAAUGCAUUAGAAUUUUGUCAAAAUAAAAUGAUUGUUGCAUUACAUAAACAAUUUCCAGACUUCAAUUCAUUUCAAAUGUUUAUAAAUAUAAUCAAUUCUUCAUGUGAUAAAAUGCAAUUAAAUUUAUUAUCAAUAAUAUUAUGUUGUCCUCAACAUUUAAAUUAUCAAGAAGUUCAAAUAUUAUGCAAAUUAUUUCACAAUGACAAAUAUUCAUUAAUGCUUUAUGACAUAUUCACAAAACGAUUAUCUAUGUUACAAACUAAUGACCUUUCUCAAAUAUUUAUUGAAAAUGGAUUAUCAUUUGCUUUAAGAAUGAAAAUUGAUAUGAUUCAUCCACUUGAAUAUUUAACAUUUAUGUUACAACUAUUUGUUACACACCCAUUAACUGAAGAUUUUCUAGUUAGUGAACCUCGUUCAUUCUUCUCAAAAAUUAUUCCAUUAUCAACACGUUCUAAAGAAAUUUAUGAUUUAAUUAUUUCAUUUUUAACAACUGGAAUAUUAUCAACAGAGUCAAUAGAAAAAUUUACUUCAUUAUUACCUCAUUUAAAUCCUCCUAAAGGAAUGUCAGCUACAAAUCAUCGUUUAAAUAUAUUAAAAUUAUAUUCAUUAAGGAAUAAUGAAUUAACUGGAAAUGAAUUACAAUAUUAUUAUAAUUAUAUUAAAUCAAGUAUUGAAUUACCAACAGAAACAAAUGAAUCAUUAGCAAUUUUAAAAGAAUUUUAUGCAGUCAUUCUAACUGGGUUUGAGGCAUUUAAAAAUAAAGAAGAAUACAAACAUGAUCUUCAAACAUUUUUAUUAAGUGAGACUAUUAUUCAAAAAUUACUUGAAGUCAUUAAAGUUAUUGGAAAUACAGUAUUUAGUCACUUGAGAAAUUUGUCAUUAGAUCAAUUAUGUGUUAUUGAUGAACCAUUAUUCUUAGAGGUAUUUGUUAAAUUAUUAAAACAAAUCGAAGAAAUAGAAGAGCCAUUUAAUGAACUAAUUCCAUUAUUAGAUAAUCCAACAAAUGUAGAUACAUUAUCUCAUAGUAAAUUAAUUGAACCUUUACUAGUAUUAGCAUCAACUGGUAAAACAGUCAAUUCAGUUUAUUAUUUCUUAAAGAGAAUUAUUAGUUAUAAUUGUUUACCAUCAUUUUUAACAACAUUAUUACAUACCUCUCAUGAAAAUGGACUAAGAGAAGAAUAUAUUUCAUUAUUAACAGAAUGUACUCAAAUUUCACAACAACCUAGAUAUACUGCAGAAUUUUCUAAACAAGGAACUUCAUCAUUAUCAGCUCAAUUAAAAUUUGAUCAAACACAAGUUUUAUCUAUUUCAUUAUGGGCAGCAGUUAUGAAUUUUCCUGAUUAUUCUCGUGAUUCAUUUAUUACAAUCACAUCUUUUAUUCUUAAAGAUAUUAAACUAAAUCUUGGAGUUUCUUCUACUGCUAUUACAAUGCAAAUCAUCACAGAAUCACAUAAUGGUUCUAUUAUUAUUGAUCAUUCUUUUAGACCAAGAGAGUUUUUUAAUAUUACUGUAUUACUUCGUUUAUCUAAAGCAUUAGAUAUCCAAAUUGCUAUUGAUGGGGCAUUUAUUUCUUCAGCAGAACGUAUUCAAAUUAAUGUACCACAAUCAUUGUUUCCAUUAGACCUUAUAAUAAAACCAAUUGAUAAUGCUCGUUUUAGAAUUGGAAAUUUUCAUUUCUUUAAAACAAUUUUAAGUGAAGAAAUGAUUAAAUUUAUAUUUACUGCAAGAGCAGAUAUUCUUCCAGUUAAUUGGAUUUUAGAAUUACCUCUUAAUAUGAAAAAUUUAGAAAUACCAACUGAAUAUUUAGGAAGUCUUAUUGUUCCAAGUGGUAAAUUAUAUGUUCAUAGUAAUAAAAGUACAUAUUCUGUUCAAACAACUAAUUUAAGAAGGUUUGAAUGUAUUGGUAUGAAAGAGGCAUUUAAUGCUAUUGGUGGAAUAGAAGUCUUAUUAUUAUUUUUAAGUGAAGUAAAAAGAGUAGAAGAAGCUAUUGGUAUUAUUGAAGUUAUAAGAAAAUAUCUUACUAAUAAUAAAGUUGCUGCAUUAACAUAUCGUUCUAUACACGCAGGAAGAAUUUUAUUAGAAAUUUUAAGUUAUACAAACUAUUAUUCAAGUGUUCUUAAUGAAUCAAUUAAAUUAACUGACUCUAAAAUGGUUGUAAGGGAAUUAGAGUUAUUAUGUUGUUCAACUAUUCAGAUAGAAACUGCGGAAUUAUUUAGAGAUAUAUUUUUUCAUACUGCUUUUUGGAUGAGAACUUCUGGAGAAGUUUUUUAUGAAUAUAUUCAAACAAUAAUGAAAUACAUAAAUUGUCCAUUUAAAGACACUAACCUUCAAAUACUCAUAGAAUCACAUUGUAUAGAUGAGUUUAUAUCUUAUGUCCCAGUAGUUGUUGGACUUAAAAUGAGAGAUUUACAAACUCUUUAUAUAUCAAUUAUAUAUCAAUUACUUAAUUCUUUAUCAUGGAAAUAUAUUACUCAAUUAUUAAACAAUGUAAUUGCCCAAUAUUGUAUUAAUAUUAUUCCAUCUCCUGUUCUUCCUUUAUAUGGUGAUCAAGAAAUUAUUAAUUCUUCACAUAUUUCUAAUUUAAGGUCUAAUUCAGACACAUAUAUUUCUCAUUCAAGAACACUUAAUGCACAAUAUUUUUGUUUGGAAGUAAUUGAAACUAUUGUGCGUGCAUCAUAUGAUCGAUUCUCAAGUGAAGACUUAUUCAUUUAUUUGAAAGAAGUGUACCAAACAGUUCCACUUGAGACUCUUAUUACACUUCUUUCAAUUGCAAAAUCAGAAAAUUUGUUUUUAUCUCUUAUUAAAUUAUUAGAAGGAUAUCUUGCUAAUUCAUUAGUUGAAGUAUCUACUUUACAAACUAAUUUUCUUUCUAUAUUUGAAUCUAUAAGAUGUAAAGAUGUAUUUACUCAUUUAACUUCCAAAUCACUUAAAACACUUUGGAAUUUUGCACAACCAAUAAAUUGUAUUAAAUACGUUCUAAUGAUUGGUUCUAUUAAAACUAUUUCUAUUGAAUUAAUUAAAACAUUUAUUGAACUUAUUGUUGAGAAAGGAGUACUUUUAAAUCAAGAAAAUUCAGACCUAAUAUGGAGAUUACUUCUCAACAUUACUGAGAAUGAAGAAUUAGAUCAAAAAAUAUUAUUUUCAUUAGUCCCAAUGAUUGUUGAUAUGGUUUGUAAAAUUAAGAUGGAUGGUGAUGGGUAUUGUAAUGAAUUAUCUAAGUUGUGUAUUCAUAAUCCAAUUACUCCUAUACGAUGGGCAUUAUAUCAAGGAAUUUCAUUAAAAUAUAAUCAUAGUUUAUUCCCUUCUGUUGCUGUAAUCAAAAUAUUCCAAUUUUUAAAAGAAUUUAAUUGUUCUUUCUUUGAUCCAUUACCUUCAAUUCUUAUAGAACAAUUACAAAAUAAAAUAUUAUUAACAGAAACAAUAAAAACAAUAUCUCUAUUUAAAAUUAUCGGAACACCAUUAGCAUUAUAUCAUUGUUUCCUUCAACUUGGGACUUUUUCACAAAUUUAUUUUGACUGUAUUACAGAUAUAUUGGACAUUCUUAAUAAAACAUUAUCAUCUUUAUCUCAAUACCCAGACCAUCCAUUGUAUUCUUGUUUAUUCCAACUUGUUAAAAAUUAUAAAAGUUCUUUUACUAAAGAUAAUUAUAAUAAAUUACAACAAUCAAAAGGAACUAUUGAUUCUGCAAUAGAAUGGUUAUUUAAUUCUUGUGAUAUUCCUAAACCAGAAAAUACUCUUCUUCCUUUAAAAACAUCUCCCUUAAUUCGUAAGAAAGAACCUUCUAAAGUUAUUGAACUUUGUGAUUCUACAGAUGUUAUUGCUGCUAUUUCAUGGAGACGUAUCGUAAAAAAAUAUACUACUCAUAAUGCCAUUUUUGAAUAUCCUUUCCAUGCUCCUUAUGUGUUUUUUAAGUUAGAUGCAACUUUAUGUAAUGGAAAUUCACAAAUGAUUAUUUCUCAAACUAUACCUAAAGUGUCUACUCUUCCUGUUGAAACUGAACCACAAACUGCAUUAUAUAAAAGAUAUGAAAGUCUAAUGGAACGAGUAAAGUUUCGUAUGUUUGAUGAAAUUUCUGUUGAUUUUGAAGCAAAUUAUGUUAAAUGGGAUAGAGAAUUACCAGCAAUAAUUCAUUUUGAGAAUAAUGCUGUUAUCAUCAGAUAUCAUAAUGGAGGAGAGAAAAAUAUGUUAUCAAGAGAAUGUAAACAAAUUAAUAUUUCAUUUGAAGACAUCACUAGUGUUCAAAGACUUAAUGUGUUGUAUGAAGACAUUGGAGUUGAAAUUUAUUACUUUAAUUCCUUACUCUCUAUUGUUUUACUCUUUAAAACAACAACUGAAAGAAAUAAUUUUAUUUCUAAACUUCCAAUUACUCCAAAUGAAUUACAAAGAUUUAAUGAGGCACAACGUAAAUGGGUUAAAGGAGAAUUGUCAAAUUAUGAAUUUUUAUAUGAAGUGAAUAGAUAUGCAAACCGAAGUUUUAAAUUAUUAAGUCAGUACCCAAUUUAUCCAUGGGUUAUUUCUACUUUUAGUGAAGAUUUUAGAUUAAAUGAUUUAAGGUCUUAUCGAGAUUUGACAUUACCUAUAUCUGCUUGUAAUGAAAAAGCAAAAAAAAUGAUUGAAUCUAAUUAUCAAGAGAAAGAAUGUCAUUUUAAUUGUUAUUUAAGUAGUCCUAGUUUAGUUUGCAGAAGUUUAGUAAGACUUCAACCUUAUUCAGAGUUAUUAUGGAAAGAAAUGUCAGAACGAUGUUUUGAAGUUGGAGGAAGAAUUUUUAAAAGUAUUGAAGGGUUUUUUAAAAGUAGUGUAGAACAAUCAAGAAGUGAAUUAAUUCCACAAUACUACACUACGCCGGCAUUCUUAACUAAUUUAAAUAAUUAUUUAACUUCUCUAAAUGGAGAGUCACUUGGAGACGUUACUUUACCUAAUUGGGCAUUUAAACACAAUCUUCUAGAUAGUGGGAGUCUUAAAGAUAGAGGGGAAAUGACUUCUCCAAGAGAGUUUAUAAGAAAAAUGAAAAUGGCAUUAGAAAGUAGUAAUGUUAGUAAAUAUUUAAAUACUUGGAUCGAUCUUAUAUUUGGUUGUUUACAACAAAGUGUAAAUCAUUAUAAUGUUUAUUUAAAUGAUUAUACUAUUAAUUCAACUCAGCCAGACUCAUUAAAACAAACUAUAUGGAAAACUAUGGGUCAUUUACCUCUAUGUAUUAUGACAAAAGAAUGUCCUGAAAGAACGGAUAAUGGAACGAGAUUUUCAUGUAAUUUAGGAUUGAAUUGUGCUGCUCGUCGACCAAAAAAAGUUGGCUCAGUUAAAGAAGAUUGGUGUUCAUUAGUUGAUAGUAAAAAUGGAUAUACUCCUAUUACAAUUAAAGGAACUAUUGGAAUUGGUGAAAAUGCAGUAUAUUAUGAUGAGGUAUUACAUCAAAUUAUAUUACUAAAGCCAAGUGAAAGUUUUGUUGCAGCAGCUAUUGGAAUACAAUGUGUUAAUGGAGAUGAUGAUUGGAUUGUUGCUGGUGGAGACAAUGUAUUAGCUUUCCAUCAUAAUCAUAGUUAUAGUUUUAAUGGAAUAUCUAAUAUAUCAUCAUUGUCAAUUAAAAUUAAAUAUGAUUCUAUUAUUGCAGGUAAUGAAAAUGGUAUGGUUAUUGUUUGGUCAAUUACUAAACAAAGAAUCAGAUGGAAAAAACAAUUUGAAUUACCUGUCCAACACGUAUUAAUUACAAAUAAUGGUGAUAUUUUCAUAUUAACAUAUGACCAUUUUGAAAACACAACAACAAUUAUUGGUUGUGACAUUAAUGGUAUAGUUUUUGGUGAAUCUUCAUUUAAUGCUCGAGUGACUGCAAUAACAUGUUCUCAAUCUGUUAAUUCAACCUCUCCUACACUAGCUGUUGGAACAAGUGUUGGAGAAGUAUUAUUAUAUGAUGCAUUUACUCUUGCUUUAUUAUUCUCUUAUUCUGCAGAUAGAAAAACAAAGAGUGUUACUUCAUUCUUGUAUACCAACAAAGAUUGUAAAUUAUAUUAUAGUACUCAAAGAGAAGAAGGUGGAUGUUUCAUUUAUUCUUUAUGA